AUGCAGCCCCAGGUGGAGCAGCAACUGGCCUAUCUACUCUUGAUUGAGUUGCUGGCACAUCAGUUUGCGUCCCCGGUCCAAUGGAUCGCCACGCAAGAUGCCUUCCUCAAAGAAUACAACGUCGAACGCUUCGUCGAGAUCGGGCCCGCCGAUGUCUUGACGGGUAUGCUCAAGAAGACCGUAGCCCGCCACUUCCGAUCGCAAGAUGCUGCACGCCAUAUGACCCGAAAGUUCCUCUCCUAUGCACAGAAUGCACAAGAGAUCCAGUAUCUGUUGGAGGCAGCUCCCGCGGUAACAGCCACAGGGAGCCAACCUGCGGUCGCAUCGGCCAAGCCCACAGCCACCCCAGUCGCUACUGCGGUGCAAGCGACCGUGGAAGUCUCGAAGACAGAUAGUCCCACGGCACUGCAGGUCAAUGUCGCUGCAUCGGCCCAAGUGGCCCAAGCCGCGCCGCUCCCCGAUUGCCCGGUCGACGCGAAGGAGAUCGUGAUUGCCAUCAUUGCCGGCAAGCUGCGAAAGAGCCAUGGGGAAUUAGCCACUGAGAAGUCUAUCAAGGCGCUCGCAAGCGGUAAAACUUGCCCCUCGCUUAAUCAAACAACCUUCGGGGGUCUGUACACUCUGCUAAUCGAACGGACUGUAGGUCGGUCAACCCUAGAAAACGAGAUUGUGGGCGAUCUCGACGCCGAGUUCGGCUCCCUCCCCGAGAAGCCUGAAGACCUCUCCAUCAACGAGCUGGCCAGUCUCCUACAAUCCGGGGCCGCAUUCACCGGCCAACUCCGCAAAGUGUCCACGGGCCUGGUCUCCAAGGUCUUCGCCCAGAGGCUCCCCGCGGGAUUUACCAGCGGGGAUGCGCGCGACUAUCUGCAGUCGCGCUGGGGCUUGAGCGUCGGCCGACAGGACGCCAUCUUCCUACGAGCCAGCACCGUCCCAACCGCCACAGCCCGACUAGGGGACUCGCAAGAAGUCCAGUCGUUCUUGGACGGGAUCGUGCAGCAAUAUGGGACGGACCACGGACUCAAUUUCGCCGCCGCCGUCUCCUCCGCCGCCGCUGCGGUGACCGUCGCAGCCCCGGUGGUCGACAGUGCCGCUCUCAACCCCAUGGUCAAAGAGCAAGAUAAGCUCAAGCAGUCGCUGAUGGAGUUAUACGCCCGGCUUCUGGGUAAGAACCUGCGAAAGGGUGCUCAAGACGCCCUGAAAGCCCAACUCGCCACCGCCAGGCUGCAACAACAACUCGACGGCAUCGCUGCCGAGGUGGGCGACGUGUUUUUGUCCGGAGUCCGUCCGCUCUGGGCGGCUCCCAAGCUGCGUCGCUUUCACUCGAGCUGGAACUGGGUCCUGCAAGACACCUUAGAUCUCUUCCAUCGGAUCCUGCGCGGCGACUUCUCCGAGACGGAGGAUCUGGCCAAGUACAGCAACGCGAUCGCCAACCGCUCGAGUCCCCGCCUGGUGCGGCUGAUGAAAUACCUGACUAGCAGCAGCCACUCCUCGUCUCUGCUCUGGGGCCCUGGCGUCCCCGAAGCCCAAGCCAUCGUGAGCCGCUUGCUGGACCGGUGUGAGACCGCUCGCACGCCGCGGUUCGAGCCGUUGGCCGCCAAUUACGAUGCCUUCAUCGAGGGACCCAGCACGACGGUCGACGAGCAGGGCACGAUCAAGUACCGCGAAGUGCCUCGCGGCAGUGGAUCGCCCGUCAUCGCCCCCAUCACCAUCAAAACCCAUCGUCAGGCCGGGGCCUGGCAGACCAACCGGCAGCUGACCACCCUGUACCGCGACGAGGUGCAGUCCGCCUGGACGGACGGGGUCACCUACGUCAACAAGUACGUGCUGAUGACGGGAGUCAGCCAGGGCUCGAUCAACGCCGAGAUCCUCAAGGGGUUCCUGUCUGGUGGGGCCAAAGUGGUGGUCACCACCAGCAGCUAUUCCUCCUCCACCACGCGCUUCUACCAGAACCUCUACGUCGAGUACGGAGCUCGCGGGUCGGAGCUGAUCGUCGCGCCCUUCAACCAGGGUAGCCAGCAGGAUAUCAACGGGCUGGUGGAGUAUAUCUUCGCCUCCGCGGAGACCGGCGGACUGGGCUGGGAUCUGGACCAUGUCAUCCCCUUCGCCGCGAUCUCGGAGUCCGGCCGCGAGAUUGACAACAUCGACUCACGUUCCGAGCUGGCCCACCGCAUCAUGUUGACCAACACCCUGCGGCUGCUGGGCGCGAUCAAGAAACAGAAGCAGGCGCGAGGCUAUCGCACGCGACCCACGCAGGUCAUCCUGCCGCUCUCCCCCAACCACGGCGCCUUCGGCAACGAUGGGCUGUACGGCGAGUCGAAGAUCGCGCUGGAGUCGCUGUUUGAUAAGUGGCACUCGGAAAGCUGGGCGACGUAUCUCUCCAUCUGCGGCGCCGUGAUCGGCUGGACGCGCGGCACGGGUCUGAUGGCCGACAACAACAUCGUCGCGGCGGGCAUUGAGAAGCAUCACGGCGUGCAGACCUUCUCCACCGCCGAGAUGGCGGCGUAUAUCCUGGUGCUGAUGACGCGCAAACUGGCCAGCCAGUGUAACGUGCAGCCGCUGUAUGCCGAUCUGACGGGGGGUCUGAACACGAUCCCCAAUCUCCGAGCCACGCUGGAUCAGGUCCGUCGGGAGAUCGUCGAUCAGAGUACGCUACGCACGAACCUGGCCCGCGAGAAAGAGGCCGAGAUGAAGCUGACCGUUCGGGGCGCCGCGGCCUCAUCCUCUUCCUCUCCUGCAUCCGGUGAGGGUCCCAAGACGACGCCUCGGCCACGACUGGCCAACAUCCCCUUCACAUUCCCGCAACUACCCGACGAGGCGAAAGACGUGCAACCCCUGCGAGCCACCCUGCAGGGCAUGGCUGACCUCGAUCGAGUCGUGGUGGUGACCGGCUUCUCCGAGGUCGGACCGUUUGGCAACGCUCGCACGCGAUGGCAGAUGGAGGCGACCGGACAGCUUUCGCUCGAAGGCUGCAUCGAACUCGCGUGGAUGACGGGGCUGAUCCGGCACCAUAAUGGGCCCCUGGACGGCCAGCACUACACCGGCUGGGUGGAUGCGAAGACCCAGAAGGCCGUGCAGGACCUGGACAUCAAGGCGCGCUACGAAGAGCAUAUCCUGUCCCACACGGGCAUUCGACUGGUCGAGCCAGACCUGAACCCCAAUGAGCCUGCGGGGAAACGCCAGCUCUUGCAAGAAGUCGUCCUGGACGAAGACCUGCCCCCGUUCGAAGUCUCCCCCGAAGUGGCGCAGCAGCUCGUGCAUGAGCAUGGCGAGAAGCAGGUGGAUAUCCUACCCCAGGGCUCCGAUCGCUGCCGGGUCCAUCUCAAGAAGGGAGCCGUGUUGAUGAUUCCCAAAGCCCUACGAUCGGACCACGCGGUUGCUGGCCAGAUCCCGACUGGGUGGGAUGCUCGUACCUACGGGAUUCCCGAGGACCUUGUGACGCAGGUCGAUCGGGGCACGCUUUUCACUCUGGUGAGUACCAUCGAGGCCUUGGUGGCUUCGGGCAUCACCGACCCGUACGAGCUGUACCAGUACAUCCAUGUGUCGGAGUUUGGGAACUGUAUUGGGUCGGGGCUGGGCGGCGUCCACUCGUUGAAGAGUAUGUUCAAGGAUCGAUACCGCGAUCACGACGUGCAGAAAGAUAUUCUGCAGGAGACUUUCAUCAACACCACUGCCGCCUGGGUCAACAUGCUUCUCCUCUCCUCCUCGGGUCCGAUCCGCACCGCCGUCGGAGCGUGUGCCACCUCGGUCGAAUCGCUCGAGACCGGCUACGAGACGAUCGCCACCGGUCGCGCCAAGAUCUGCCUCGUGGGAGGCUACGACGACAUGAACCAAGCAGUCGCCGACGAGUUCGCCAACAUGAAAGCGACGACGGACGCCGCCGCCGAAGCCACCAAGGGACGACUCCCACAGGAGAUGUCGCGACCCUCGGCCGAGAGUCGUAGCGGCUUUGUCGAGUCGCAGGGCAGUGGAGUCGAGGUGAUCACGUCGGCGCGACUGGCGUUGGAGCUGGGCUUGCCCAUCCAUGGCAUCAUCGCCUGGGUGGGCGCCGCCAGUGACAAGAUUGGCCGCUCGGUUCCAGCUCCUGGGCAGGGAAUCUUGACGAAUGCUCGCGAGAAGCCGGCCGAGCGCUUCCCCUCGCCCUUGCUCAGCGUGCGCUACCGCAAGCGUCGACUAGAUGCCCGGUUGGCCCAGAUUCAAGAGUCAGUCGACUUGGAGGUGCAGACGUUGGCGGAGCAGCUGGCCAGCGACGAGGGGGGGCUCUCGGAGACCCGCCAGGAGGAGUACCAAGCCCAUCUGCGGUUUGUGGAGCAAGACGCCCAGCGCCAGCGCAAGGAGGCCCUGAGCACGUUUGGCAACGAGUUCUGGAAGCAUGAGCCGUCGAUUGCGCCGAUCCGGGGUGCGUUGGCGGUGUUUGGUCUGAGUGUCAAUGACCUGGACUUCGUGACGCUGCAUGGCACGGGCACGGUGAUGAACGAUAAGAACGAGCCGGCCGUGCUGGAAGCGCAGAUGCGACACCUGGGUCGGCAGCCUGGCAAUCCCCUGUUUGCCAUCUCGCAGAAAUACCUCACCGGACAUCCCAAGGGCGCCGCCGGGGCGUGGAUGCUGAAUGGGGGGUUGCAAGUGCUGGACACGGGCCUGAUCCCCGGCAACCGCAACCUGGACAAUGUGGACCGGCAUUUGGAGCAGAACGAGUACAUCGUUUACCCCAAUCGGAGCAUUCAGACCCGUGGCCUGAAGGCUUUCUCUUUGACCUCAUUUGGCUUUGGGCAGAAAGGCGCGCAGGCCAUCGUGGUGCAUCCUCGUUAUCUGUAUGCCAUGUUGGAGGCGGACGAGUACGGUGAGUACCGGAAGAAGCGUAGCACGCGAUAUCGGAAAGCCUUCCGGUUUUUCCACCGGGGGAUGACGACGAAUGCCAUGUUUGUGCCCAAGGAUGAAGCUCCAUACCGACCAGACCAGCAGAAUGCGGUGUUGUUGGAUCCCACGGCUCGAGUCACUGCCAAUACUAUUCCGGCGGCAUAUGAUGUUAUUGUAGGCAGCCUUCAAUAG